AUGCCCGUCUUUAAUCUCUUCAAACGAAACACUUCUGCCAAGGACUUUGAAAAUGCGAGAAGUGAAAAUCGAAAAACUAUUGGCGCUAAUAAGAGUUCACAUGACUUGUCCAAAUUGCAGGGAGAUAUUUCAUCCUUUGAUAACAAAUCACAGCAUGUAGGAUCAUCAUCAUUGGAUGAAUCUUCCUCUACGACUCAAUCUUCUGUGGCAGCCAUGGCUGUUCUUUCUAAAUAUAGUAAUACUUCUGGAAAGAAGAAUCAAGAAAAGAUGCCAACACCAGAAGAAAUUAUGGUACUCUUUGAGAAAUUGUUAAAAUAUCACGGAAUUACACCAACCGAUAAACGACACAAAAUCAUGAUGAUGAAACCAUUGGAAGAAAAAUGGAAAUUGAUUAAAAUUAUGGAACAAACCAAGAAAGAAGCUGAGAAAUUGCACACUGUCAAGGACACACCAGAAUACAUUACACAUCGAUUGAAAGAAGAACCCACAGUUGGUACUGUGACAGAAUUAAUUUCUCUGUUGAAGAGUGCAAAAUCUGAGGAUUGGAUUAAAAAGUUUUUGGAAUUGCGAGGAUUGGAAUGUUUAUUUCAAAUAUUGAUGGAUAGUUGUGAUCAACAAAUUCAGGAACAAGGUGGAACUUUGCGUGAAGAAUUCUCCGAUGAUGAAGAUGCCAAAGACGAAAAGGAAGAAGAAGAAGAGGACGAAGAGGACGAAUUACUCGAGGAACAAGAUGAAGCUGCCACUCCAAACAACCCCAACACACCUCAAGAACCACAAGUGGUGGAAACAAAGAAAAUUAAGGCCAUCAUUCCACCAAAGAAAAACGAAAAAGAUCCCUAUGAUGCUCUCCAAUCGGAAUGUGUCAAGGCAUUGCGUACACUCAUGAACACCAAUGUCGGUCUCCAUGCAUUCUUGUCCAAUAAGGAAAAAUCCGUGUUGGCCAUUACGAAAAUUCUCGACUCUCGAAAUACUCGAACCAAAACACAAAUUUUCUUCUUGUUGGCAACCAUUUGUCGAUUCGAAGAUGGUUUUUGGAUUGCUCUCGACUCAAUGAACAAGUACAAGUUGAAUCGAAAGGAACGUGCAAGAUUCCAAACUCUUGUCCGCCUCCUAAAGAAGAAGGUUGAAAUUUCCGAAGAGAAUGUCUUGUUAAAAGUGUCACUGAUUGUCUUUAUCAAUGCUUUGAUUAAUUCUCCACAGGACAUUCAAUUGAAGAAACAACUCAAGAAAGAAUUUGUAGAUUUGAAAAUGAUUGACAUUAGUGAACGAUUAAAAGCAAUGGAUCUCGAUGACACACUCACCAUGCAAUUAUCCAUUUUCGAAGAGGAAGUUCAAGACAUUGAAGACAUUGAAGAGGAUGAAGAAGAUGUUGAUAUAGACUCUCUGGAAGAUCCAAUGCAAAUUCUCAAGUUGAUUCGAGUUCAACUUUCUGGUUCAGAAGCAUUUGAUUAUUUUGUGAAAAUUCUUCAAUACUUUUUAAUUGUUUCUGGAAAGUCCAAUGAAAAGGAAAAGUCAAAGAACAUGAAUACUCUAUUGAAUAUGAUUAAGAAAGCAGUUGCAUUCAAUGAAGAUGGUGGAGUUGAAGAAGUGAGUGUUCGAGAAUUGCAAUUAGCAGAUCGUGUAGAAACUCAACAACGAAAAAUCACUCAACUCGAAACUCGAUUCCUCAAACUUGCAGAAAUGUUAAAGAAUGGUAAAAUUGAUGAAAAAGUCAUUGAAAAGUUCAUUAGUUUGACAUCCAAAGAGACCAAACAAUCAUUCCAAAAAUCCAUCGAAAAUAUGGAUCCAAACGAUUUGCAAGAAGAAUUCCUCAAAGAUGCUGAAGAAUUUCUUGUCAAAGUGAAACCUAAAAAUGGAAUUGAUAUUGAGACCGUUCAAGCACCUGAUGAACUCAAGAAACACAUGAAAAAGUUAGAGACUGAGUUGAAAUUUAUGACCUAUAAGGCCAAACAAUUGGAAAAGCAAUUGCAAUCUGGAGGUGGUGGUGGUUCUGGUUCUGGAGGUGACUCUUCAUCCAACACAAACAACAACAACAACACCACCGAUACCACGUCGAAUACGAAUAAUAGCAGCACUACCACAGACGUUCCUAAUCCUCCAAUGGGUGGCGUUACAAGUACGGAUAGUUCCAUUCCUUCUGUUCCACCUCUACCAGGCAUGGGUGGACAAGAUGCUCUUGUUCCUCCUCCACCUGGCAUGGGUGGUAUUCCAAUGCCUCCUGGAAUGGGUGGUAUUCCAAUGGUUCCAGGUAUGGGUGCUGUUCCUGCUGGCUAUGUUCCUCCAAAACUUCCAACCUACAAGAGCACCACAGCUAUGAAAGGUGUUUUCUGGAAUAAGGUUGCCAACAAUCAAUUGAAAGACUCGAUUUGGAUUAAGAAAGACAUUGUGAAUGGAUUGGAAGCAAUCGAAUUGGAACAAUCCGAAUUGGAAAAGUUAUUCGCCAAGAAGGAAUCCAUUGUGUUGGAAGCAACCACUGCCAAGAAACCUGAAAAGGUGACUCUCAUUGAUCCAAAGAAGGCUCAAAACAGUGCCAUUGUGUUGGGAUCGAUGCGAUUGGAACACGAUCAAAUUAAGCAUGCCAUUUUGAGAAUGAACGAAGGUGUAUUGGCUCCAGAAAAUGUCAAAGCUCUCAAAGACAUGGUUCCAACACCCGAUGAAAGACAAGCUCUCGCCGACUAUCACGAUGAUUUCAAUAAUUUGGGAACUACCGAACAAUUCUUGACCAAGAUUAUGGACAUUCCAAGACUUGAGGAACGUUUGGAGUGUUGGCUCAUCAAGUCUCGAUUCCCUGCCUCUGUGGCAUCGAUUGAACCCGACAUUGAGAGUGUCAUUAACAGUUGUAAACAAUUGCAACAAUCGAAAAAGUUACAGAAAAUUCUUCAAGUUAUUUUGGCCAUUGGUAACUUUAUCAAUGGUAAUAAGAAGGCUGUUCAUGGUUUCCAACUCAAUGCUCUCUCGAAACUGAAAGACACCAAAGCCACUGGAGCCAAAAUGAACAUGUUGGAUUAUAUUGUACAAUUUUUAGAGAAACAUCAUCCAGAGGUGAUGAAUUUCCAUGAAGAACUUGCUGCCUUGCAAGCUGCUGAGAGAGUUUCCAUUCAGGGAAUUAAUGCAGAAUUGAGUGAAAUGAAAGCAGGUGUGAAUUUUGUUGGACGUGAAAUUGAGAAAUCCGAUAUGAAUAAUGAGCAGGAUCGAUUCCGAGAGGUCAUGAUUGACUUUUUGGAUUAUGCCUCUGAGAAGGUCGAAAACUUUGAAUCACAAAUGAAGGAAAUGCAAAAUCAAAUUGAAAAACUUCAAGUAUUCUUUGCAGAGGAUCCAAAGAAGUUUACUCCAGAAUCCUUCUUUGCUACCAUGAAUGCCUUCAUUUCAGACUUUAAAUUUGCGUAUAGUGAAAUUUUGAGAAAACGUGAAAUUGAAAGAAAGAAAUUGGAAAAGGAAGCCAAGGACAAGGAACGUCAACAAAAAGUGGCUUCCUCACGAAAGAAGAAGGAAGAACAAGGAGAACAAGGAAUUUCUAGAAAACCCAGAGCUAACGGUAAUGCAUCCAAUGGUGAAACUCAAGAUACUCAUCGAUCUUCCAUUGGUGAGGAUCAAGGUGACUCUUCACAAACCUUGUCUGGUGGUAGUGGUGAGGAGAAGGGAGUUUUGGAUAAGACAUUGGAUUCACUCAUUGAUGGUUCUGGAUUUAAGAAGGGUGUUUCAGCCAAUAAGAAGAAGAAAGCAGCCGCUCAGAGUGCAGUGAAUUUAAUUCAAAAGCUAGAAAUUGAAAAGAUCAAUGAAAGUAGUGAUAAAGAUGGAGGUGAUCGUGUGAAUAGUGUUUCAUCCACUCCACGUGAUUCACUGGCUUCACCAGUGGCAGAAUCUGCCACCACACCAUCAGAGGAUCAGGUCAUGAUGAGACCACGAUCGGGCGCCUCCAAAGCACCAAGUAAGAGAAGACUUAAACAAGGUGGUGAUGAUUUGUAA